AAGAAUUUACUCCGUGUAAUGGAGGAAGAAUUUCAUGUUUAUCAAAAACCUGAGCCGUAAAAACCUCCAGCUUCGAAGGCAGACACUGUCAAAACGUAAUCGAAGCCGGCAAAACGUAUUGCUAAUGCUGCGUUUUCACCUGAUAAAGAGGAAGUCGCUUGUCUAAAAUGUUAGAUGACAAUACGCCGGAGGCGAACAUGGCCCCGUCCUCCAGGUUCCUGCAGGUUGAACUGGAGCUGAACGCCCACCUCCGUCGGCUCACCUUCAGCGAGCCUGUCCGGUACAUCUACAACCCGCUGGAGUACGCCUGGGACACACACCGCUGCUACGUGGAGAAGUACUGCCAGGGCGGACAAAGGAUCCUGUUUUUGGGGAUGAACCCGGGACCUUUCGGCAUGGCACAGACUGGGGUUCCCUUUGGUGAAGUGAAGUCAGUAGUUGAUUGGCUGAAGAUCACAGGGGAGGUCGGUCAUCCUCAUGACGAGCAUCCAAAGCGACGGAUCACAGGACUUGCCUGUACUCAGAGCGAAGUGAGCGGUGCACGUUUCUGGGGUUUCUUCAGAAAGUUGUGUGGUGAACCAGUGCUGUUCUUCCGCCACUGCUUUGUGCAUAACCUUUGCCCGCUGAUUUUCAUGAGCGCCAGUGGGAAGAAUCUGACCCCCCCAGAGCUGCCUGCAGCUGAGCGGGAGGCCCUCCUCACUCUGUGUGACACUGCACUGUGCCAAGCAGUGGAGGCUCUGGAUGUCUCCAUGGUGAUCGGGGUUGGAAGGGUGGCAGAGCAGCGGGCGCGGCGAGCUCUCUCUGCUGCAGGUGUCAAUGUGCGAGUCGAAGGCAUCAUGCAUCCGUCGCCUAGGAACCCACGAGCCAAUAAGGGCUGGGAGGAAGUAGCUAAAGCCAAACUGGCAGAACUGGGUGUCAUGUCACUGCUGACCAACACAUGAGCUAAUGAGACAAAAGUGCAGGCUCACAUUUUUAGGGCCCUAUGAUUUCCGCGAUCACUGAAUCGCGGAAUUGGCCGACUAGAGAAGAGUCGCGGAAUAUUGCCGAAUUUAACAUAAUUUGUCAAGUUGUGUCAGGUGCUGCGAUGCUCCGCGAUUCGGUGAUCGUGGAAAUCAUAGGGCCCUACAUUUUCCAGCUUUAUUGACAAUGUAGUACACUACACACACUAAUACUGUAAACUCAACUGUUCAGGAGCUGUAUUUUUAUUUUACUGUAAACAUGUCUGUGUUUACAUUUUGAGAUGGGUUUCUGUACAGAUCAGUGGAUGGAUGGUGGCGAGGUUGAGGACAAUUCAUUCUAAAAGUAAUCCUAUACUUAUGUAUCUAUGAGGUACUUUAUGCAAAACAUAAGCUCUUGGUGUUUGUUAUGAAUGUUUUUCUCAGGAAAACACAUUUGAUCAAAUUUGUUCAAACCUAUGGUUCAAACUGUAUUUUGAAAAAAGGCCCAUACUUACAGAGUAUGUGAGUAUCUUCAGCCUUGUCACAGGCAAUAUGAAAUAAAUAUCCAAGUCCAAAUAUGUAUUCGUUAGUAAAUUUGUGAUUUGGCUCUCAUAUGAUAUCACAAUUUUAAUCAGUUUCUGUAAGGUGACUUUUGAUUGGUAUAGAAAUGGCCUCUAUAGAAACAACCUAUAAACAUUUCCAAAAAAUACAGUUAUACAUAUUGUUCAUGCUAGAAUAUUCUUUUGUAUUCUUUAAAAAAAAAAAAAGCUAUUUUUAUUUGUCAUUUGUUUUAUUUGUAUUUUAUUAGUUUUACACAUUUUGUACACAUUUUACACUCUUGAAAUGAGGAGUUUUCUACUU